AAAAACGCCAUCGUGGCCCGAUGCAAGCGCAAAUGCUUCAGAGUCCACAGAUGUUUACCAAAACCUAAGCUAGAAGCUCUCAAAGUACGUCAAGCGUUGGGUGAUACCAUCCAGUGGUACUCAUGGCCAGCCAUUUUGAGCAGGCGCGCGCAGCGCAGGAGCGCUUCGACUGCGGCGGCCCACGUCUGCGGCCCCGUCGUGUACUUGAGGCUGGUGGAGAGGCGCCGCUCAGCAGGGACUGCUCGCAAGGCACCAUCAAAACAACGUUUAAGAGCAUCGCGGACCCGCCAGGCCUGGAGCAGCUGCUGCACGCGCAGCAUCCGACAGCAGCAGCCGGCAAGGUCCAGCGCCUCGCCGCGGCAACGCGGUGCUGCUGCAAAAGGCGCUGCAGGUGCUGGUGUGGGUGAUGACUGCGGUGCGGCAAGAGGCGUUUGACCUUCUGCUGCUGGUGGUGCCGAGGACACGCGGCGCAGGCCGCCGGUCAGGCCCCCAACCCAGAGCGUUUCCGCGGUCAGUCCUCCAUCGCGGAGGGCUUCCGCCGGCAGCGGCAGCACGCGUGCGGCAGCGACCACCCCCACCAUGUGACCAACGACGCCGCCCAGCGGGCCCUGCGCGGCUUCCCAGACCUGGACCAGCACGUGAUGGAGGACUGCAUGACAGCCGUGACGACGUCGGAACACCAUCAAGAGGUCCAGCACCGCGACCAGCGCGCCAGCCGUGACCCUCCCUCCCACAAGCUGGCGCAGUAUGUGUACGGCCACGUGUUCCAAGUGCACCGCAGUGAAGACCGGGUGGGCCCUCCACGCAGUGUGACUGGGCUGUCCAACGUCGUUCACCAGCUGGCGCGUCAGAUGGAGACCAACGUGGGGGUUCACCUCGCCACCAACUUCUUCAGGUGGCUGAAAACCCGGUGCCGCGUGCAGCUGCACCGAACUCUGCAUCCAGAGGCGGCGGCCGCUGCGCCUGACGCCGGCGCUGGCGGCGGCGCUGGCGUGGAACUACCGCGUCAGCAGCAGACCAUCGUAUUCGCACUCGCCACAGCUAUCGCACCAGACGAGCCGCUGUGCGCCUACACCGACGCAGUAGCAGCCCUGCAGUCGCAGCCGGAUGUCCUGCAGGAGCUGGAGCUCUGGGUGCAGCGGGAGCAGGACCGCUGGCGGCCCCGGGGGCUGCUGGUGCCGGGGUGCAGCUUCGAGCGCCUUAAGAACCACUCGCUGCCGCACGGCGAAAGCUACCUGGCAUGGGCUGCGGAGGUGCUGCACGAGAUCGAGCAGCACCGGAGCCAACUGCGCGCGCGCGGGGUGCCCAAGGCCAAACUCGCCAGGCACUUCCCGGUGUUUGGGCUGCUGCCGGAGCCCAGCUACCAGCAGGUGCACAUCGGGCUCGGCCAAGAGGCCGUGAAGGAGCUGCUGGUCCACCGCGACCAUUUUGCCAGCGAGCACCACCUCAUCCCACCGGCUGCCGUGCCCACUGGGUCGCGGCGGGCAGCGAGCAGCGGCGGCCAGCGGCGGCGCCGCGGCAGGGGCGGCAGCGGCGGUAGCGGCGGCGGCAGCGCCACGGCGGGCAGCGGUGACGGCAGCGGCGGCUCCGCGGCGGGCAGCGGUGGUAGCGGCGGCGGCAGCGCCGCGGCGGGCAGCGGUGGCGGCAGCGGCGGCUCCGCGGCGGGCAGCGGCGGCAGCGGCGGAGGCGCGGCGGGCAGCGGUGGCGGCAGCGGCGGUGGCGGCGCAGAUCAACCGCUCCGCUGGGGCCCCAAGGGCGGCAAGUGCCGCAACAUCCCUGCCUGCUUCAAGGAGGGCUCCAAGUUCGACGGCUUCGUCACCACGGAUGCCUUCGACAUGUGCCUCACCAUGCGCCGCCGCCACCACAGCUCGUGGGAAGAGGACAAGGAGGCAGGCAAGCAGGCGCGGGUGUCCGAGGAGGAGCUGCUGCGGCUGUCCCUGCGCGGCGUCGACCCCGGCUGCAGCCCCACCUACUGGACGUGCGCGAUGCGGUGGCCGUGGCUGCCCGCGUGGGUGGUGGCGCUGCUGGGCGUGGACCUGGUGCUGCGGCUGCCGGAGGUGCGCAACGGCAGCUGCCCCGUGCGAUGGCCCGACGACCUUACCAAGGACCAGCAGGCCGCAGCCGAGGCGCAGCUGGCAGCGCACCUGACAGCCAGCAAGGCGGCAGCCGCACGGGACACGCUCAUGACACGCACGCAGGCAGCAGACCGCGCAACAGCAGCAGCAAGCACCGCAGCUGCACGAUGGGCCAAGGAGGUGCAGGCAGCGGCGCAGCAAGGGCGGGCGGAGCUAGUGCCGCCGCGCCCGCUGGCGCUAGUGGUGGCGCAGUCGGCGGAGCACCGCAAAGCCGCAGCAGUGGCAGCUGCCGAUGCGGCGGCGCGUGAAGCAGCCGACACUGCCAACGACGUGGCAAGGGAGGCAACCAUGUCGGCGUUGGUGCAGGGUCUCCGUCGACACGUGGAGGUGUUGGCCGCCGCACACUGCGCCAUGCUGCAGCUACACCGGUGCCUGCAGCAGCAGCAACAGCAGCAGCAGCUCGCUGCGCGGGUGUGGGAUAUUGCGGAUGCGCAGAGGAUUAGCCUGUUGACAGAACGCUGCCUGUAUGCCACCUACAGCCUUAUGCUGGAGGCGCGUCGCAUCGACACACGCCGCGCGAUCCAGCUCUCGGAGGCGGCGCAUGGAGGCUGCAGUACAGCUGUCGCUGCCGCUGGGGCAGCAGCAGCGGGCAGGGCUGGCGGCGGCGGCGGCGGCGGCGGCGGGGGGAACAUUGGUGUGGCUGCUGCGGCUGCUGCGGCGGCUGUGGCUGCUGCGGCUGGUCCAGCCGCCGCCGGAGCCGCUGCCGGGGCAGCACCAGCGGGCGGGGCUGGCGGCGGCGGUGGUAAUCAUCGGGCUGGAACACUGCCCAGACGGCGGCGGCAGCGGAGGCGGAGGCGGCGGUGCGGGCGGCGGAAGCGCGGCAGGCAGAGGGUGGGCCAACGCAACCGCCAUGGUGCACCGUCCCGACACCAGCAGGCGCGGGCUGCGACCGCCAAGCAGCGCCACAAGCGCCGCGCGUUUACGCACUGCUCGGGGGCGGAGCACCGCACGAACUGCGGCUACGCCCAGCACCAACGGUGGCAGCAGUGGCGUCUGAAGGCGGACACUGCGCUGUGCGCCUGGCAGUCCAGCCUGCCGACCGCCCGGACUGUGGAUGUGGAGAACGUCCUCGGCCGCCUUGACUACAAGUAUGGCGGCAGUACCGGGGCCGGCGGGCAGGGCGAGGCGGUGGUGCAGCCACCUGUGCGCGAGCUCGGCUUUGUGGACCUGCUGGCGCUGUACGCCGCCCCCGCCUGGCGGCAGAAGCGCCUGCAGGUAUACUGCCAGAAGCAGCGGGUGCUGUGCCGCGAGGCCGUGCGCCUGAUGGGCGGAGAGCCGGAGGUGACGCAGCAGAAAGGCGUGGUGGGCUGGGGUGGCGGCAGCGCGGGCUACCACGGCACAGUCAGCCGGGCGGGUCAGCCGCCGCGCAAGGAAUUCGUGCGGCUACUGCGUGAGCGGUUCGCGCGCCACGUCAUCGUGAUCAACGAGUACCGCACCAGCAUGGUGUGUGCGAACUGCGGGCGCCUCAGCCUGCGCCGCAAGGAGCUGCCGCAGGGUGGCGCGGACUUCCACGUCCUGGUCUGCAACGACUGUCACACGACGUGGGACCGUGACGAGAACGCGGCCCUCAACAUGCGGCUGCUGUUGGUCCUGCAGCUCCUGGGCCGCGACCGGCCAGCGGUCUUCUGCCGGCAGGAGGGCGGUGUUGACUAGUUGAAGUUGACUGGUUGAUGGAGUUCCCCUGACCCGCUGCCGCCUCCCGACCCCCGGUGUGGGGUCGCGUGCGGUGUCUGAGCGAGGCGCUCUUUAGUUGCAACCAGCCUGUCUAGCCAGGUGUGUUUGAGGUGACGCCUUGAGGCGACGCCUUGCAGUAAAUGGCUGUGCGGGAGCGCUGAGGCAGACAUCGUUGCGAUUAGGAGGUUGGUUUGUGUGGUCAGGGGUCAGGAGGUUAGUGUGGAGAGAGCGGCCGAAACAAGGAGUGCCGUGCCGUGAAACACGGCUCACCACCCAUUGAAGACACCCUUAAGUGGGGACAAGUGGUGGUGGAAGAGUUUCAAGGAGUUUCAAGGCUAAGGCUAGGAUCGGCGCUGUGGUAAACUUACUGGGGAGGCUCAUGCCAGAAUAAUGCGCCAUCGUUGGCGCGAAUGCAAGCGCAAAUGCUGCAGAGUCUUUAAACACCAAUCUAGAAGCUCUCAAAGUACCUCAAGCGUCGGGGACGCCUGCCGCGUUUGUGGGGGAGAGGGAGGGAGAGGGAGACCAGGCCGCGGGCUAUCUAUUGGCUCUAGAUGGACUCAAAUAGGUUUAAUAGGAGUCUCCUAGGACACGGAGGCCCGGCCGGAACGGCUUGAGGCGACGCCUUGCAGUAAAUGGUUGUGCGGGAGCGCUGAGACGGACAUGCGUUGCGAUUGGGAGGUUGCUGUGUGUGGUCAGGGGUCUGUGGAGAGGAGAGCGGCCGAAACCAGGAGACAGGAGUGCCGUGCCGUGGAACUCGACCCACCACCUGACCCGCCACUAGAAGACACCCUGAAGUGGGGACGCGUUGAUUCGACAGUCCGCUGGCUGCAGCACCGAGGCUGGCUCAGCAGUGGCGACUUCGUGUAGCUAAAAAGAGAAGAUCGUGGCCCACAGCGUGUGGUGCCUGGUGCACGGAGCUGGACCGGGAUGGGUACAUCUAGGGUCGUCAUCCGAUAUGGCGGUUUGUGACUUGCUCAAGUUGGCAUUCCCUAGCAUAGCGCGCCUUGGUCGGCGUGCAUCGCCCGGCGCUAGGUACCUCGGGCAGGACGAAUGGGGAGGCGGCAUGGCAACCAGUGCGGAAGUACCUGGGUGGGGUCGGCACAACGCUGCUUGGUAGAAGGCCAGCUGUAUGCCACUGCUGGGCC